AUGGUACACUUUUAUAUAAGAAUUCUAUUGGCAUUUAAUUUAAAGAAACCUGAAACCCCGGCAAAGAAAAAAGGUAAAAAAGGCAAGAAAGGAAAAUCUAAAUCCAGCAAAAAGUCUAGCAAAAAGUCGAGUAAAAAAUCCAGCAAAAAAGGUAAAAAAUCAAAAUCGCGCAAAUCUAAAUCACCUAAAAGAGAAGUGGUUAAGCCUCCACCACCUAAACAUUACAUACCUGUGGAGAAACCUAUUGGCUUUAUACAUGUAGACUACGAACUGGUUCCAAAAUACAUCUCAUAUUCGUUUGAUGUUGUUUGUUGGGGCCCUGUAGCAAAAAUUUUCAGCCCAAAUGGAAUCAAAAUCAUAAAAACGAUAGUCAAAGGUGAAACGGCAUGGGUCCCCAUAUGCCUUGAGCAUUUUAUGAAUAAUAUAACCGACCAAGAAUUAAAAAUUGUUCAGGCUCACAUCGCAAAAUUUAACGUUUUUGAUAAUAAGAAGAAGGUUGGGGCUGCUGCAAAAGCCGACAAGACCAAAACCUUCUACAUGAAGUUUGAAGAUGUUGAUAAAAUUGGUUUUAUUGAAGUGUAUGAUUAUGAUCCUAAUUUAGAAACAAGUACAGCUCUUGUUAAAGUACCAUCACUAACAUCAUCAGAGAAGAAUGAAGUUUCUGGAUUUAAUUAUUUUGAUGGUUUCGAUGCAGAUCUUUUGGAAUUAAUGGAAAAAUCUACCCAGCAAGAAUUUAUAAAACAUAAAACUUUUAUUCCAGUCUGUGGUCCUGAGUUACUAAAGGAAGAUUUUGUUAAAGAUCCUGUUGAUCCACUAGAUACAAUUAAAAUUAAGUCGGAUAAAGCAAGCAAGACUAGUAAAAAAAGUAAAAAGAGUAAAAAGAGUGGAAAGAGUAAAAAGAGUAAAAAAAGUGGCAAAAGUGAUAAAAGUAAAAAAGGAAAGAAAAAGGAUAAAAAUAUAAAGUUAAUGGUAUCGGGGGAAAUAUUUUUUACAGAUCCAUUUUAUAGCUUGUAUCGAUAUGUAAAACCAGUGGAAAAAGAACCAGAUAAAAAAGAAAAGAAGCGAAAAAAAAGAGGUUCAUCCAAAUCUAGUAAAUCUUCAAAGAAAUCAAAAAAAUCCAGUAAAAAAUCAUCAAAGAAACUAGGAAAAUCUAGUAAAAAAUCUGGCAAAUCUAGUAAAAAAUCUAAGAAAGGUAAAACACCAAAAGAACCAUUAGUGUUGGAUUUCUUCCUUGUAAUACAACUGGAUAAUAUAAUGACUGUACAGCAAAAACUUCACUAUAAUCCUUUAGUAAUAAAACUAAACACCCUAUACAAUGUGCCAGUGCAGGAAAUUAAAGCUAAGGGAUUCACAGAAAUUUACGCCACAUAUAAAAUUGAUAAUAUAGCAGCCUGUAAAACAGACCUGAAAGAAAUUACAACUAAAAUUCAUUUUAACGAAAGUCAUAUUUUUUUUACUGAAUGCGUGCCAAAGCAGUAUUUGCAGGAAUUUUUCAAAAGUAGAACAUUCCAAGUAUUAAUUUUUGGCCACAGACCUGAAGUACCCAAAAUGGAAACAUCGGGAUUAUUUGGUACUCGUUUAAAUGACUUUAAGAUUAGUGACCUAACGAGAGCAGCUCCUAAAAAAAGACUUAAUGAGAAUUUGGAUGUGUUAUUAGCUGUUGUAAGAUAUGAUGUUAGUUCUUUGUACAGAAAUGUAUGGACUUUUAAGGAAACUAAUCAGUGUCAUAUUCCUACAAUUACUCAUGUACAGAAGGGUAAGGACUUUGAUCAAAUUGUAAAAUAUAAUUUCGACACGAGUUUGAAUCAGGUUACUUUAUCAAGACCUGUUAACGAUUCUACACCGCUGGAAGAAUAUAUGUUUCUUGAACACGAGACCAGUUGUAAGGUAGAAAUGUAUUUCAUAUCAUUUCAGCAAUUGGACGCUGCCAUAUCUAACUUUGAAAAAACGUUCAAGCGUAUGUUUUUGGUUAUUUUCUCCAGACAGAAAACAGAGUUUCUUGUUAAUCAAAUUAUUAGACACAAUUCCCACGACGGCUUGUCUGUUGGUGAUGAUGAUGAUGAUACUAUAAGUGGAUUUUUACUGUCAAAUGGUAAAAAACAAAACGCCAUAUUUUUGGAAGGGCUAUGUUGUGGGUUUAUUUUGGAAAUAUGGCAUAUAAUACAACUAUGGGAGGCUGUUCAUGUAAAGCUCUUCAUAGAUACUUCCUUGGUGUUCCGCUGUAGAUUCUACAAAGAAUUUGGGACACGUUAUGGUUUAUAUGUCAUUGCUUUAGCAGAGCCAUUGGAAAAAAUACUAUCAAAGGAAAAAUUGUAUUUGCGAGGCAACGUACCAAAGCCUUGUCUAGAAGCUAUUAAAAAGUUUAAUAUGCUGUUUAAUUGUUCCACUUUUAAAGAAAUGAUCCAGAGUAACCUAUUUCCUUAUACUGACGAGCUAAAAUCCUUGAAUAUAGAGUUCGGGGUGCCUUUAAAAUGGCAUUUAAGGGGAACAGAAUCAACCGAGGACAAAAGUUCACUUACCUCCUCAAUUGGAAAGAUUCACAAAGUGACCCAUAAAAAGAGUUUAUUGUAA